AUGAUGGCACACGAAAUAUCCACUCCCGUUCAAAUACAUGGGAACGAAAAUAGUCCUUCAUUUCAAAACACUUUGAAGAAACCUUCACGCUCGAACAAAGCAAAUCAAAACGCAGGACGGGGUGAUGAGAUAAGAUUGCUUCCUAGUGGGGCUCCUGUUGAUUUUGGACAUGGUUCAGCCAAGAAUAAAACCAGUAGUCCCAAGAAGCUCAAAGAACCUAUAAGAUUAUCAUCAUUACCCUCUUUGCCAAACGGAGAGAAACCGCAGUUUCACAAUGAAAAGAGUGAUUCAAGAAGAAGAAAGGAGAGUGAACAACCACCACCAAACAAAUCGCUGACAAAAUCUAAAAAAUCUCAAAGGGAUAAACCUGUGGUGGACAUUUCCUUACCUAAUGGUGAAAAGCCCAACUUCAACAACAACCCGAGAUCCAAAAAGAGUGGUAACAAGAAAGAAAAGGAACCAGUUGCGGUAGUUUUGAAAGAAGAUUCGUCAACGUAUGCUGGUUCAUCAUUUCAUUCUUCACCAGCUGCUUUGAAUUUACCUAAACCAAAAUUCAAGCCUUCGCCCAAACAAACGGUGUCGAAGGAUGAAACUGAUUCGAUUUUACUGAAACGGGUUGAAUCGACGUCGUCGCCCUUUUCAACGAGCGUGGCAGCAAGCCCUACUGAUAUCCCUGUUGCUCAAAGUCCACCAAUUCAAGCAACAACAGUAUCAGGUCCAGCACAAGUAUAUUCCAAUCAAAGUAGUCAACCAAUUCAUUCUAGCCCUUUUGCCCCCCAGCAGCAACCAGUGUAUGCUGCUCAAGCAGGUCAACCAGCUUUUUCCCAUUUUGUUCCGCAACCAGUUCCACCACCUCCUUUACCACCAAACCAGCUUUAUCAUCCAUAUAUUGGACAUGUUCCUCAAAUGCAUUACCCUCAGCCAUUGCAUGCACAACCAACUCAACAAGGUCAAAAAAUUACGUUUAACCAGUUAUUGAGCUCUUCGAAAUGA